AUGGAUGACGCUUCGCAAAAAAUAGAGCUGGAUAGGAAUUCUGGGGUAUACAACGAGAUUGUUCAAGAUAGUGAUGAACACCAGGAAAAACCAGUUUCUUCACCUACAUCCAUACAAGUUACUACCAGUACUGUACACGCAGGCCCUUCUUCGGCAAGCAGCAAGGCUUCUCAUUACAGUGCAUCAAAAACACAGGAACAUAAAUCAAAAUCAUCAAGCGCAAAACCGAUGAAAUAUAUGAAAAAGACUAAAGCUGACGAUGAGCAACAGGAAGCGUUUGCAAUAAUGAAAACAAUAUCUCAUAAUAAAAUGGAGAGAGGUGGUUUUCAUAUUUUCGGUGAACUUGUUAGCAAUGAACUUAGAAAUCUAAAAACCGAUUAUGCCGGAAACACAGUAGAGCAUAUGAUUUCUAACAUUUUGUUUGAAGCUAAUAUGGGAAAAUACGACUAUCCACCACAAUAUUCUCAAAGUAGGCCACAAGCAUCGCUACCUGAUGUUCGCUCCUCCGUAUGCACACCCAUUACUUCACCUUCCUUGCAUGGUGCAGAGUCAGAAAGCUCUUUCCCCCCAUCAUACCAGUUGCCUUAUCAAAUACCAUCACUUCCAAAUGCCAUAAAUAUAGAACAGAACGACAAUAGAAUGGAUGGAAAUUUUGAAAACGAUAUUAUUCCGCAAGCAUUGCGGAAUUUAGAUUAA